AUGAACAACUGGCCCACCGUGGUGGAAGAAUGCAGUCAGCAUAUACGUGAAGGUGACGUGUUUGAUAGUGAAGGUGACGUGUUUGAUAGUGAAGGUGACGUGUUUGAUAGUGAAGGUGACGUGUUUGAUAGUGAAGGUGACGUGUUUGAUAGUGAAGGUGACGUGUUUGAUAGUGAAGGUGACGUGUUUGAUAGUGAAGGUGACGUGUUUGAUAGUGAAGGUGACGUGUUUGAUAGUGAAGGUGACGUGUUUGAUAGUGAAGGUGACGUGUUUGAUAGUGAAGGUGACGUGUUUGAUAGUGAAGGUGACGUGUUUGAUAGUGUGGGAGUGUUCGAAUUCCAGAAUAGUGGCGAAUCUUCAGAGUUACACGCGGCACAGUUAACUGUUUCCUCCUCUGCUAUCCCAGGUUGCUGCUGGUGUUCGGUGCAAGUGUUCGAGUUCGAAGCCAGCGGGAAAUCUUCAGAGUUUCACGCGGUACAGUUAACUGUUUCCUCCUCUGCCAUGCCAGGUUGCUGCUGGUGUUCGGUGCAAGUGUUCGAGUUCCAAGCUAGCGGGGAGCAGUCAGACAGCCACCUGCGGUACAGGGACAAGUUAUCCUUCGCGCCCCUCGACUCUCUCUCCUUCUGCGUGAGGCUCAGAUUCUACUUCCUGUGGGAAGUGUCCGGAUUCCUCCAGGUCUCCGACAACUCCACUGGUCAGCUGAUACACACCAUACAGGCAGAGGUCAACUUGAACUACAUUCGAGUGACUCUGUCCAAGUUACGUCGCUACCAUUUCUUGAGGCAGCAGCUGAGGGCACUCACUUGGCACCAUGUCUGUGUCACUUACGGUCAUGGGGUCACCAUCUCGUACCUGGACGGCAUAGAACAGGAUCGUCAACAUGGCUUCCUUGGGGAACCCGUCAUAGCAACUCAUAUCAAAAUUGGUUCCUGGGAUGCUGGAAAUAACUACAGUGGUCAGCUGUCCCAAGUCAAUAUAUGGAGUCGUGUUUUGACAGUCGAAGAAGUGAAUGCUCUGGCUGAUUGUACUAUGGAGGAGGAAGAAGGAGACAUCUUGCCUUGGAGCGGCCCUUGGACGAGUAUUGGAGACAUAUCAUUAUACCAAGUAGCCUUAGAUGACCUUUGUAAGGAAGCUUCAGGUACAGAUUACUUUAUCUUCAAUUAUAUCACAGCUCAUUCUGCCUUUCAAGUGUGUAAAGGUCUCGGUGGAUCUGUGCCAACCCCUCAGGUUGAAGAAGAAUACAACACAAUAAUGAAAGCUGUCAAUCAGUACCACGGAGAAGACUUUUCAUGCAAGUCCUUCUGGGUGGGAAUUUCAGAUGAACAGGAAGAGGGGGUGUGGGUGGAUAUCCAGCACCAAGCACAAAUUCACCCCUCGUGGUCUAUGGGUGAACCUGAUGGGGACAAGUUAGAGAACUGUGCAGUAGCUGAAGGUAGCCAGCAGUUUGCUGACACUCGCUGUGAUGAACUGAAGUGUGUAGUGUGUGGUGUACCGCGACGGCCAGUGUGGACACUCCUUGGUUCUUGUGAGAGAUAUCAACGUAAUAUACAUUUAGUCACUCUGCAGGGUAACUCAAGCAGGUUAAUGUUUCAAGGUUACUCUGAUUAUAGAAUAGUGCAGAGCGAAGACAAAAGUACUUGGCACUGGAAAAAUUGGCGCAGGAAUCAUACAGUUGCUACCUUGUCCAAUGCUGUUAAUGAUGUUCCGCUUGGCCGUCAGAACUGGACUCUGAAGAAGGCAAUGUGUGGCCAGACAGUGGGCGAGACUCGACGCCUUCUGUUGACUCCCUGCCCCAGAGAUCACUUCUCUUGUGAUGAUGCCUCGUGCAUCCCCCUCAACCAGCGAUGUGAUCUUAAACUUGACUGCCAGGACAAGAGUGACGAGAAUGGCUGCCAGCUGGUCAAGUUUCCCCCGGUGUAUCGACCAGACGUGCCUCCAGAAAUCAACAACAACAACAACCUGUCCCAACCUCUGCCCAUCGCUCUGCACAUCAUCAUUGAGAGUGUCGACGUGGACACGUCCUCCAUGCACAUGCACGUCAACUUCAUCAUCAGCAUGACGUGGCAGGAGGCCAGACUCAGCUACCUCAACCUCAAUGAAGACUAUACACUCAACAGAGUGCCGUAUGAUACUAUGCAGCAGGUGUGGGUGCCCGUGGUGGACUUCACCAACACUAAGGGCAACCACAUCACCCAGGCCGACAACCAGGCCACCAUGGUGGUCAACAUGCAGGGUAAACCCAGUCUUGGCGACGACACGCAACCUGAAGAAUUGGAGGUGUAUUCUGGUCCAGAAAACCCCAUAAGUGUAAGGAGGAAAUACAGCAUAACCUUCCAGUGUCAGUUUGACCUCAAGAUGUACCCAUUCGACGAACAGUUCUGCCACCUAGAGCUGACCUUGCUGUCAGCCUCGUCCAGGUUGCUGGUGUUUGACGAGGCUACCACCCGCGCACUCUUCCAGGGCAACCCUCAGCUGGUUGAGUACUUUGUUGGUGAUGUUGACAUUGAUUUUCACAACGACAGGGACUUUGCUGCCAUGUUUGUCAAGUUGCAGCUGCUGCGACGGUCGGGGUUCAUCAUCAUGAACGUGUACAUCCCGUCACUGUGUCUGCUGAUCAUCAGUUAUCUCACUCUCUACUUCACGCCAACCAACUUCCAGGUCCGCAUCCUCGCCUCGCUCACCUCCCUCCUCGUCGUAGCUACACUUUACACUCAGGCCUCGGCUUCAUUGCCUAAGACAUCCUAUUUCAAGAUGGUGGAUGUCUGGCUCUUAUCAAGCAUCUUCUUCAUUUUUAUUAUUAUUGUCAUUCACACAAUUAUUGAUAGAGUAAGAGAAAUGGAUAAUAACUUAGGAUGCAGGAGAAUGGCUCCUUCCCCAUCACCAUCUGGGAAUGUGCCAAUGUCAAGCUUUUUCUCUAGGAAAGGAAUGAGAUCCAACAGUGUGGACAACGGACCGUUGGACAAGGGGGACUUUAGGAGGAACUCUAUUGGGAUAUUGAGAAGAAACUCUAUGGAAAUGAGCCAGUACGACUUGCAGCUUCCGAGAGAGAGAGAGCAGUGUGAUGUGGUAACUGUCAAGCCACUCCACGAGAUCAUCAUUCUCGGAGCCCGAGUCUUUGUUUUUAUAUUACUGAUUGUCUUCCAUAUUGUUUAUUGGACUGUUGUUUUAGUUUAGUCUGAAUGUUCGUGUGAAAAGCUACUUCUAGAUCUAGUAUUUGGCCACUCAGUCGUGAAAAAUUGAGGAACGGUCAAAUUUCAAUAAUGCUGAAAAUAGUCAUAUAUUACAACCAUUCCUUCAAUUAAUUUUAGUAACAAUUUGACUGAGGGUCACAAAACAAAUAAGUUUCCUAAUUUGUUACAUUAUUAAUAUAGAUGGACUUUAAUAGUUAAACGCCAAUACCUACUCUUAAACCUUAACGUUAAUGAACUACCUUCACACCAAUCGACUCCAAUUUACACAUAUUCCAUGAUCACUCGUGACGUGAAUAUUGUCAAAGAACCAGUAAACAAAGUUAAACCAUAAAUACAGUCAAGGUAUGAAGCUGAACUUAAGACCUCAAAGGAAGAGUAAGGCGUUUCUUAAUUAGAAGUCUUGAAAUCAGACACCAUCAAAAGUCAAAUACAGUAAUGUAUAUUUUGGUUUUGUAUAUAUAUGGCUGAUGCUGGUUCCUUAAAUUUAGUUAGACAACCCUCCCAGAGCUGUUGUCAAUGAUUGUAUCACUAAAUUUCACAGCAGUGUAUUUGAGUGUGUAACUUAACAGACAAAAACAAAUAAAAUACUUUCUCUAGACAUAACAGCUCACGUGUUAUGAAAUGGACUAAUUACUGUAAACAAAAAGUACCCUAGAAUAAAAAUAUAAAUAAUUCAAUGUUUAUUUGUCUCACUGUUAACUUCCCCAUCCUGAAUUCUCUUCCACGCAGGAUAAAAGAUAGUAUUCAAUUCAAAUCAAGCAAAUCAAUCAAGAUUCAAGCAAAUCCUCAGAAUAAAAAUUACCAAAACUGAAGACAU